GGUUACGUCAAUGCAGAUAACAAGCAAUUGGAAAAAGUCAAAAAGUGCAGAGAUAAUGAAGAUGCUUUGUGUCCCUCUUUAUUUAUUGAUUUAGCUCAAGAUUUUCCCGCCAAAUGUACAGUGCGCUAAGUGUCAACAAGGAAGAAAACAUGGCAAAGUGUGUGCCAAACGGGGUUGGGAGUACGGAUGGCCCUAGAGCCAAGAAACCAAGGAUCGGAGAUCAGUCUGUGACGGUGGUAUUAGGCACGCAAUGGGGAGAUGAAGGAAAAGGGAAAGUGGUCGACAUGUUGGCCACAUCAGCCGAUGUUGUUUGUAGAUGUCAGGGUGGAAACAAUGCAGGCCAUACAGUUGUGGUAGGAGAUAAGAAGUAUGCAUUUCACAUGCUGCCCAGUGGAAUCGUCAAUCCUAAUUGCACAGCAGUUAUUGGGAAUGGAUGUGUUGUUCAUAUAGAACAGCUGCUAGCCGAAGUAAACAAGGCAGUGGCAAAUGGUCUUGCAGACUGGCGUACAAGGCUCCUUAUUUCUAACAGAGCUCAUAUAGUGUUUGACCUGCACCAGAAAGUUGAUGGACUUCAAGAGUCGGGCAGGGGCAAAGAUCUCAUUGGUACCACCAAGAGAGGUAUUGGGCCAGCAUACUCUUCAAAAGCAACUCGAAAUGGACUGAGAAUGGGCGACUUGGUUGGAGACUUUGAAUGUUUCUCCAAUAGGUUUGAAGCCCUGGUUGAGUACUUCAAGAAGCAUCACACGGGCCUGGAAAUUGACGUUGAGAGUGAACUGAAAAAGUACAAGGACUUGGCCGAGCAGAUCCGUCCACUGGUUGUUGACACCAUUCCUUAUCUGAACAAGGCCAUUACCUCUGGGAAAACCGUGCUGGUGGAGGGAGCCCAGUCUAAUGUGCUGGAUAUUGACUUUGGCUUGUAUCCGUACGUGACCUCGUCCAACUGCAGUAUAGGAGGCGUGUGUACAGGACUGGGGAUCCCCCCACACGUGAUCGGGGAUGUGUUUGGAGUGGUCAAGGCCUACACCACCCGAGUGGGGUCCGGGGGCUUCCCUACAGAACUCUUCUGUGAGAAGGGAGAGCUGCUAAGUAGCCGAGGCCACGAGUUUGGUGUAACAACUGGUCGCAAAAGGCGCGUAGGCUGGCUGGAUAUGGUCAUGCUGCGAUACUCGGCCAUGAUUAAUGGAUUCACUGCUGUAGCGAUCACCAAGUUGGACAUCCUGGAUGUGUUUGAGGAGAUCAAGAUUGGUGUGGCCUACAGUAUCGAGGGGGAGAAGGUCACAGACAGCUUCCCAGCGACUGACGAGGUCCUGAAGAAGGUAGAGGUGGAGUACCUGACACUUCCUGGCUGGAAGACAAACACGGAGGACGUGCGCAAGUUUGCCGACCUGCCAGGGGAGGCUCAGGCCUAUGUGCGCAAGAUUGAGGAGCUCAUGGGAGUACCGGUGAGCGGCAAGUACAUUCUAGAUGUUAAGAGAGGCGUGUAA